CCCAAAUUAAGCGGCCAUCAACUACCGUCUACCAUUCACGCAGCUCUGCUUGUGUCGUUUGUUUUCGCGGGCCACCGCAGCAGCCUGGCGCUUCCUCCUCCUCGAGUCCUCGUCGCGGGCGGCCAUUGCUCCGACCUCGCCAAGACCGCCCGGGGGCAGCCAUGGCCGCUCCGCCAGGUUCCCCACGGACGCCGCGCAUGGCCGACCCCGAAGAUAGUCAAACGAGGGCUGCACCGUACAGGCUUAGAAGGCAGAACUCGGAGAUCCUUCGUGCCCAGUAUAUUGAUGUUAGAGAGCUCAGGAUCUGCGCAGGAACAUGGAAUGUUGGAAGCAUAUGUCCACCUAGUGACUUGGAUAUUCAAGAAUGGUUGGAUAGGGAUGAGCCAGCUGAUAUUUACGCUCUUGGAUUUGAAGAGACUAUUCCGCUAGAAGUCGGAUAUAUGAUUGGCACUGAAGAUACUCGUCCAGUUGCAGCAUGGGAGCAUAUCAUCCAUGAAGCUUUGAAUAAGAAGUGCCCAGAUAAAUCGAAGUUUGAACACCACAGUGACUCACCAGCAAGGUUUAACCCGUCAGAUUACGUUCUUGAAAUGGAUAAUGGACUGCUUAAUGAAUCCAGCAAUGAUAGUGAUGGGGAACUUCAUCUAUUGGAUAGUGCAAGGUCAUCUGGUUCAGGUCACUGUCUUCAGCCAUUGGAUUUAGCCUGUGAUGUUAGCAUUGAUAAUAGAGUUGAAAGGAAAAGACCCCAGUAUGUACGGCUAAUAAGCAAGCAAAUGGUAGGAGUAUUUCUUUCAGUAUGGGUUCGGAGAAGCCUGCAGAAGCACAUCCAGAAUGUACAAGUAUCAAUUGUAGGUGUAGGUACAAGAGGUUUUAUUGGUAACAAGGGAUCAGUAUCAGUCAGCAUGUCUAUACAUGAAACUCAUUUUUGCUUUGUAUGUUGCCACUUGGCUGCUGGUGAAAAAAAUGGGGAUGAACUAAAGAGGAAUGGAAAUGUUGAGGAAAUCCAUAGAAGAACAGUGUUUGGUAACCCAGUUCAUAUACUAGGCUUGCCCCAGAAAAUACAUGACCAUGAAAGGAUUAUAUGGUUAGGGGAUCUCAAUUAUCGCCUCAACUUAUCAUAUGAAAGGGCACAUGAACUUAUCUCCAAACAGGACUGGAAUGGAUUGUUCGAGAAGGAUCAGCUAAAAAAGGAGCUAGGAAAAGGAUGCACAUUCGAUGGUUGGGUUGAAGGAGCUAUCAGCUUUCCCCCAACAUACAAAUACGAGUUUAACUCAGAAAAAUAUGUAAGUGAUGCGACAAAAUCUGGGAGAACACCUGCAUGGUGUGAUCGCAUUCUCUCAUAUGGGAAAGGAACCAGGCUACUUUCUUACAAGAGGGCGGAGCUUCUGUUUUCUGAUCAUCGUCCUGUGAGUGCAGUCUACAUGGCAGAUGUUGAAGUUUUUGUCCAUAGGAAGUUUCAGAGAGCUCUAACAUUGACCCCGUACAAAGGUUGAUGAUCACCUAUCGGGUUAAUUAAAACUUACUCCGCUGUUUGCUGCUGCCUCCGCGUUUCUGGCUUCACCGUGCCCUCCGUGGCUCCGUGUGCUAACGCGUGGCGUCAGGCCUUCCCGACCUCCAGCUUCCCUCGCGAGGUCACGAGCUCAAGUUCACCAUGCGCAUGCGGUGCCCCCCACACAGCCACACUGGUCCACCUUGCCCCUUCUCUCUGUGUAUUUUGCUCUCUCUCCUUGUCUGCUCUCUCAUACUGCUAGGAGGUAUUACUACAUCAACAUAUAUACAAGGAUGUUACUUUUAAGUAGAGAACUAUUUAUAUAGUGCACUUGUAAUUAGGGAUUUUAGCGUUCUUGCCCCUAUUUCGAAUGAAAUGGUGAAUUUACCUCUAUUUUUUC